AUGGAUUCUAACAAUGCUCUAAUAGAAAGUGCCUUUAAUUAAUUUAAUAUAGAUUCUUAUGUUUUUGCUUUAAAUAAAGAAUUUAUCAUUGCCAAAACUUAAAGGUCAAUUAUUUACUUAUGCAGCUAAGUUAAUUCUACCUUUAAAAAUGUUUAAGUUGCUCUGAAAGUGUUUUACCAAUCACGAUCUUAACUAGAACUUACAAUUAAAGCUCAUAAAAUAUUUCCAAAAUUGAACGAAUGUGAAUAUUUAGUUAACCAUUAUGCAAUUGGUGUCAUAAAUAAUAUUUUAGCUAUAUGCAUGGAUUUCAUUCAGGGAAGUACAAUAGAUUAUAUGGUUAAAAAUAGAAUUCUCACAAAAAAUUAGCUAAAAGAAGCACUCAAAUGCUACAUGAAAGCAGUAUAAUACUUAAAUACAAAAAAUAUUUAGCACAGUAAUAUAAAAUGUAGCAAUCUCUUCGUGACUAAUAAAAAUAAGCCAAUCAUAGGUUGUAUUCAGGUUUCAGAUGAAAAAGCCUCUACUUCAAAUUUUUAUGAAUAUGGAUGGGUUUUAAUCUAGUUGUUUGGAGGGUAUGAAGAUGUAGAUAUAAAUUAAUUAAAGAAAGAACAUAAAAGAAAAAAGUAUUAAAAUGAAUAAUUUCCUGAAGAGUUUAUUGCAAUUUUAAAUGAUCUUAUUUUAUAUUAGUAAAUUUCUGAUGAGGAUAUUCUUAUAAAGGAAUAAGAAAAUGUGGUAAAACGAUUUAAUGAUUUAUUGGACAAAGAUAGUUCAUUCGAUUCUUUUAUUGAAAAAUAUACAAAACCUAAUGAAUCAUUAAAGUAAUAGACAAUAAGGAUAUCUCCAUUAAAUAGGAAAGCCAUAUAAAAUUAAAAAAGUUAUUUCAUAAACACUGCUUUAGUUGAUCAAAAGGAUCUAAUAAAAGCUGAAGGCUAUUUUUAAGAAGGACAGAUAACGAAAGCUUCCUAAGAAUUCUCUAAAAUUAUUAACAAAACAAAAUGGCUGGAUGCUACACCGAUAUAUAAUUUAGCUUAUCUACAGUUUUAAGAAAAAGAUUACGAAGAAGCUAUAAAAUUAUUUAAAAUAUCCAUAAAAUUAAAUCCCAUGUAUAGCUCAGCUUAUAACUUAAUCGGUUGCACUUAUGAUGAAAUUGAUUAAUGUAAAAAAUCAUUAAAAUACUAUAAAAAAAGUAUCCAGCUUGCUAAAAAUUCUGGAAACUUUCUUAAUAACAUAGGAAUUUAUUACUUUAAGUAAAUGAAGUACAAAAUUUCUCUUUAAUACAUAACAAGAGCUCUUGAGUUAGAACCAGAAGAUGAUAGAAUUCAUGGUAAUCUAGGAAUGAAUUACUUAAAAUUAAAAAAAUAUAAACAGGCAAAAUACCACCUUAAGAAAUAAAUUCAAAUAAAUCCAAAAACUCGCUCUGGCUACUAUUCAUUAGCCAUAUUAUAUAAAAUAAUUGAUAAAAUAUAAAAGUCAAUCUACUACUUUAAAAAACACUCAGAAGUCAAUCCUGAUUCAACUAAUGCAAUAAAUAAAAUAAUAGACGCCUUUAACAAGCAAAUAUUAACUGAAGAAACAUCUCUCAAAUAAUUUCAAAAAGUCACUUGA